ACGGGGGGAAGGAGGGCUGAUCUGAGCCGCUGUUGUCGUUCGGCUGCACUGCUGCGGAUCAGUUCACCAUCCGGACGGAGAAGGAUCCCGAGAAAUUAACUCAAAUUAUAAAGGAUGUCUCAGGAGCAGCAAGCAGUGGCUCGAGCCAGGAAAGCCUUCGAAACUGGCAGAUCCAAAUGUUUGGAGCACCGGAUCCGCCAGCUGCAGAACCUGCAGCUGUUAUUCACCGAGAGACAGACAGAGAUUGCAGAUGCCAUUAAGAAAGACCUCAACAAGAGCGAGCAGGGGACUCAGCUGUAUGAGACUCUGGGCCUGGAGGGGGAGAUCAGCCUGGCCAUCAGGAAGCUGAAGGAGUGGGCAGCACCUCGGUCUGUGGAGAAGAACCUGCUGACCCUCUCAGACACCAUCUACAUCAAGCCGGAGCCGCUGGGCGUCGUGCUGAUCAUUGGGGCCUGGAACUACCCCUGGGCUGUUACCAUCCAGCCACUCAUCGGCGCCAUCGCUGCAGGUAAUGCAGCUGUGGUGAAGCCCUCUGAGGUCUGUGUUCACACUGCAAAAGUCAUGGAGCGCCUGCUGCCUCUUUACAUCGACAAAGAGCUUUACCCUGUAGUAACAGGAGGAGUGCCAGAGACCCAGGAGCUGCUCCGUCAGAGGUUCGAUCACAUCUUCUACACCGGCAACAGCACAGUGGGCAAAAUAAUCAUGGAGGCUGCAGCCAAAAAUCUGACACCUGUGACCCUGGAGCUCGGCGGGAAGAGCCCCUGCUACAUCGACAAGAACUGUGACAUUAGCCUCGCCUGCAGACGUAUCACCUGGGGAAAGUACACCAACUGUGGUCAGACCUGCAUCGCCCCGGACUACAUCCUUUGCGAGCCCAGCAUCCAGGAUCGAGUCAUCGCGGAGGUCAAGAAGUCCAUUAAGGAGUUUUACACAGACAACCCAAAGACCUGCCCUGACUACGGACGCAUCAUCAACCAGCGCCACUUUAAGAGGAUCAUGGAGAUGGUGACCGACAGCACCAUCGCUGCAGGAGGAGAAAAUGACGAGUCAGACUGCUACAUUGCUCCCACAGUUCUGCGGGACGUGAAGCCAGAAGCGAAGGUGAUGCAGGACGAGAUAUUUGGACCUCUGCUGCCCAUCCUGUCCGUCAGCGGUCUGGAGGAUGCCAUCAAGUUCAUCAACAAGAGAGAGAAACCUCUGGCCCUCUACGUCUUCUCAACUGAUAAAAAGGUGAUAGACAAAAUGAGAGAUGAGACCUCUAGCGGAGGAUUUCUGGCCAACGACUGCCUCGUGCACUUCUCUCUCAGCUCUCUGCCUUUCGGAGGAGUCGGAAACAGUGGUAUGGGCUGCUACCACGGCAAGUUCAGCUUUGACCAGCUGAGCCACCUGCGCAGUUGUCUCGUCAAACAGCUGAAGAUGGAGGGACCCAACAGCAUGCGGUACCCACCUCACACAGCCAAGAAGCUGGGCUGGGCGCGCUUCUUCAUCCUGAAGACCGUCGACCUGGGCUGGAUAAAGAAGAUGAUGGUCUUCGCUAUGCUGGCUGUGGUGGCUGCUGUUGUGAUUCAGAAUUAUGUCUCCUGAAGACACCCUGCUGCCUCCUACACAGCAAGUCCUCCAUCUCCUUUACUCCAAUAAAGAAGGACAGAGCCGGUUGAAUUUCAUAAUAUCACAUCAACAAGUUUCCACACGAAUCAAACCAGUAUCUGCAAUAGCAAUCUGCAAUGACCCAGAGAAUGUUUCAGGUGUUGCCUUAAUCCAUUUUACAUUUCAGUAACGGUGUGAGAAGUUUUAUGAAGCUCACUGAAGGGAGCGACUUAGUUUCAUGAAGGAAAUUAUUUAUUCUCUUGUAUGACUCUUACGUUUGUAUUCAGCAUCACUACGUUCCAUUUUAACUUGUUAGAUCAGGUUUGCAUACUUAAGUAUAGAAAAUUCGGAGUGAUUUUUAAUGAAGUAACCGCCAGUUGUAAUGCUAUUGCAAGACUUAGAGCAGGAUUCCAGGUUAUUUCACUGGACUGGUAGUAUUUAGGGACCAACAAACAUUCCUGUGAAGGUCCAGAAGUCCAUUUUAAUGAAGGAUCAGCUUUUAACUACAGACUGAAGGUACUUGAUCAUUUCUGCCCAGCGAAGGUUUUUUCCAUUUCUGCCUACUGACGGCAGAGAUGAAGGCAAUGUGUCCCUGAGAUUUCAGAAAGUUUUUCUGCCUUUGAGUUGACAGAUUACAGGAUCACAUGAAAAAUGUUUUCAUUUCAUUUUCUUAAAAAAACGCCAGAAACAACAAUAUAAACUGUUUGGUAAUCAACAACAGCAGUUUUAAAAUGUGUUUUAUGACACCGUUAAAAUUUUAACUUCUUUGUAAUUAAUUAUUGAUUAUAUAUACAUGUAUUUCUAUAUUGAUAUUCAAAUAAAUAUAUUCCUACAUGUA